UAAAUGGAAUGAAGAAAGGUGUUUUGGUAUGAAGGGGGGAAAAAAAAGGCUGAGAAAGGAAGCUCAGUCAGUGAUGAGUUGGAUACAAACCCAGAGGCAACAGGUUGUUUCGUAUGGAAAAGAUUUAGGAAAUCGAAUAACUUGGGAUUGGCUUUCAUGUCUGUAUUGAUUUGCAUGUUAUUGUUCUUUUGCUGCUCAAAGAGUUUGAAUUCAUUGCUUUCUGAUUCAUCUGCUGAUAUGCUUUCACUCAGGAGGAAUUUAAAGUCUGUAUCUUUACAGUGAUUUCUUUAAAAUGACAGAGGUGGUUCCCUGUGUCCCUCAGUUGCCUAAAAGGCAAUCCCUUAAGUGUGAGCUGCUGUCAGCAGAAUGGUCCCCACACACCAGUGAGUGGGGCUCUGGCUGUGGGCAGGGAAACGGGUCUGUUUGUUUAGCAAUGCCUUAAAGUAAAAAUUGGAUUUAAAAAUUCAGUCUAGUUUUAAAUACUUAAUAUAGAAAGGGAGCUUUGCUGACAUUAAAAGCAACGCCUUUAUAUUGCUGUUUGAUCUUUGUAAAGUAGCCUCUGCAUGGUCAAGCUGACUUUCUUCCACAAGUAAAGAAUAAAACUUUUUGAUUUGCCGUUUUCUUAAGUUCUGAAUUCUCAUCCGUUCCUCUUUGUCUGGCAGUUCAUGGGGCUGGUUAGGCAGAAUGUGCCACUCCUGACUCAGGGGAUACAGAAUAUAGACAAGGUGAUUUACUGGCUUUUGACCAGAAUUCCAGUCCAGAACCAUGGCAAGAAACUCAGCUGAUUAACCAUCUCGAUGCUUGGAAAACUGCUUCUUUGGGUGGAAUGAGAUGUCAUGAAGAAGUAACAUACUGCUGUCUGCUCUCUUAACUUAAUGGGAAAAGGAGUUAAGUGGAAACUUUUAAAGGGAAAUAGAUUUUUUUCCAGACUGAAGCUGAGAACUUGGCAAAAUAACCCACAAAAUGUCUCCUGACUCAAAAAAACUUUUCAACGUACUUAUUUUGGGAAUCUCAUUCAUGUUUAUAUUCACUGCUUUCCAAACAUGUGGAAAUAUUGCGCAAACAGUUAUUACAAAUUUAAACAGCACAGAUUUUCAUGGCAGUGGCUACACAAGUAUGUCCAUUAUUUAUGGAGUUUUCUCAGCAUCAAACCUUAUCUCACCUUCAGUGGUUGCACUAGUAGGACCUCAACUCUCCAUGUUUAUUAGUGGCAUAUUUUAUAGCUUAUACAUUGCAGUUUUUAUCCAACCUUCUACGUGGAGUUUCUAUACUGCUUCUGUUUUUAUUGGCAUUGCAGCUGCAGUACUAUGGACGGCACAGGGAAAUUGCUUGACUAUAAAUUCUGAUGAAAACACCAUUGGAAGGAACAGUGGAGUAUUUUGGGCACUCUUGCAGUCCAGCUUGUUUUUUGGAAACCUGUAUAUAUACUUUGCUUGGCAAGGAAAAACUUACAUAUCAGAGAGCGAUCGCAGAACUGUCUUCAUUGCCCUGACUGUUAUCAGUCUUGUGGGCACAGUUCUGUUCUUUCUGAUUAGGAAACAAGAGGACACAAAAGCUCCAGGGGAGGAAGAUUCUACUAAUGAAAUCCUUGGGGACAGCUCGUCUGCACAAAACAAACUGAUGAGAGCAGUGGAUGCCUUCAAGAGAUCUAUAAAGCUAAGCUUCACGAAAGAGAUUCUGCUCCUCAGUGUUACAACAGCCUACACAGGUUUGGAAUUAACAUUCUUUUCUGGAGUGUAUGGAACAUGCAUUGGUGCUGUGAAUAGAUUUGGCAGCGAAGAGAAAAGCCUUAUUGGUCUCUCUGGGAUUUUUAUUGGUGUUGGAGAAAUUUUAGGUGGAGGAAUCUUUGGUUUACUGAGCAAGAAGAGUCGCUUUGGCAGGAACCCCAUUGUGAUGCUAGGCAUCAUUGUCCACUUCAUUGCCUUUUAUUUAAUUUUUGUCAACAUGCCAAGCAAUGCCCCUGUUGCUCCUAUGGAAGGAACAGAUGAUGUUGCUUACAUGAUUCCGAGCAAAGAGGUGGCCAUAUUCUGCAGCUUUCUGUUGGGCCUGGGAGACAGCUGCUUCAAUACCCAACUCCUCAGCAUUUUAGGAUUCCUGUAUUCUGAAGACAGUGCUCCUGCCUUUGCCAUCUUUAAGUUUGUUCAGUCCAUUUGUGCUGCAGUUGCAUAUUUCUACAGCAACUACUUCCUUCUGCAGUGGCAGCUCCUGAUCAUGGUGGUUGUUGGUUUCUUUGGGACAAUUACCUUCUUUGCAGUGGAGUGGAAGGCAGCAGCAUUACUUGCCCGUGGCUCUGACUACAGCAGCAUUUGAUCUCAGUAUCCCACACCUAUAAGGAAGAGCACAAGCACAUUUAUUGACAAGUGAUGCAAGAAGGUGGAAGGAUCAGGUUGAAGAGAUUACGAUGGAGGAAGCUACUAUAAAUCACCAUCCCUCAAACUGAACAUGAAAUACAGGAGGAGAAAAUGCUGAGUCUGAAA